AUGUGGAAUAAAUUAAAUGAUGCAGAAAAUACAGACGUUGAUAAUCAUGGUGAGCCAAGGAAUGGAUUUUUUCAACGUCUGAAAAAAUAUAAGACCUUUUUUUAUUUGUUUUUUGGGUUUUUAAUGGCUUCGCUAAUUAUAUAUGCCUUUUAUGAAUACUACUUUAAAAAAAAUGGUGAUUUUAAAUUAAAUUGUAAUGAUUUAAAUGCAAGAUGUCUAAACUAUAAAUUCCCAAGUUUUAAACCUGAAAGGUUACAUAUUGUCGAUGUGAAUACAGAAAAUAAUAAUUAUAUAUUAAGAAGUAGUAUUCCAUUAUUUAAUGGAGUAUAUUCGGAGGAAAAAUUAUUAAGCUAUAUAAAGAAAUUAUUCGAAGAAAAUAAUUUAUCCUACAGUGACAAUUUAACAUUACACAUAAUAUCAUUCUUGAGAAACGACUUAAAGGAGGGUUGUUCUUAUACUUCUGAACAUUGCUUUAACAAGAAAAAUAAUAUAUUCAAUCAUAUUAUAGUAGGACAUCAAGAAAAUCCGUAUGAUAUAAAUGAGGAUGAAAUUGACGAUAAACUAAAGAGCAUGAGUUGGAACACGGAUAAUUUAAUAAAUCAAAUUAAAGAUUUAAAACAAAAAUUUAAUACCAUGAAAAAUACCAUAUUUUUUAUUCAUUGUAGAAGAGGAAGAGAUAGAACGGGGGAAUUUGUAAGUGCUUAUAAAAUGAUAGAACAAAAUAAAGAUUUUAAUUCCAUAGUUGAAGAAAAUGAAGAAAUUGGAAAAGUAAAACAACAAUAUGUAAACAUGCAGAAAUGGUUAUGUUUAUAUUUAGAGAGAAUAAUGAAAAAUCCUAAUGUUAAAUGUUUUAAUUUUUUAUGA